AUGGCUUACAAACUUUACAACUACAAUCCUUCCGGCGGCGCAGCCAUUCCCGUUGCUGCCCUUUUCGGCCUAGCAACUGUCAUCCAUAUUUUUCAGAUGAUUCGUGCCCGGAGUUGGUACAUGAUUCCAUUUACAAUUGGUGGUGUCUUCGAGGCAAUCGGCUACUUGUGCAGGUACAUCAAUUCCACCGAAACACCAGACUGGCAAACCACGCCCUAUAUUGGACAGAGCCUUCUUAUUCUUCUCGCUCCUGCCCUCUUUGCUGCAUCUAUUUACAUGAUACUUGGUCGUCUUAUUGUGGCCUUGAAUGCGAGUUCCAAUUCAAUCAUUCGGCCGUCAUGGUUAACGAAAAUCUUCGUGAUCGGAGAUCUUAUUUCUUUCUUGAUGCAAUGUGGGGGAGGUGGAUUUCUUGCCGGUGCGAAGACCCCAGAGAAAGUGGAAAUGGGUGAGCACAUGAUCCUCGGCGGUCUCUUCGUCCAAAUAUUCUUCUUCGGAUUCUUUAUCGUUGUUUCGGUCAUUUUCCAUCGUCGAAUGCUUGCUUCUCCUAUGAAUUAUGUGGGAGGAAGCCGCAUCCCCUGGUCACGGUGUAUGAAGGUCAUGUACACUGUCAGUUGUCUGAUCAUGGUUCGUUCAAUCUACCGAGUGAUUGAAUACGCGCAGGGAAGCGGUGGCUAUUUCCAAAGCAAGGAAGCAUUUGUCUAUGUUUUUGAUGCCGCGUUAAUGCUCGCUUGCUGCGUUGUUCUACUUUUUCUACAACCUAGCAAAAUGCUGGGUGAACAGGAAAAGGGAUACCGAAAGCCUGAAAAUCUCGAGAUGCUAGCUGGCUGUCAGGAGAAUGGUCUAAACUAUUAA